AACACUGUUCGGCAGUUCUCGCUGCAAGGCCAGGUUUACGCCACCUAUGGCACGCCUGGCUUGGCUGGCAGCAGCUUGAACCCGCUUCAGUUCUCCAGCGUGGCAGAUGUUGAUUUCGACGGCACCUCCGCCUUUAUCAGUGAUGGCGAUGGAGGGAUCAACAACCGCGUCAUCGCUCUCAAGGACGGGCAACUGUUGUGGUCCAGCGGCUGGGCUGGCUCGGGCGAUGACGAGUUUAGCUCUCCGCACACAGUGGCGUAUGUCGAUGUUUUGCAUGCCGUUCUUGUGGGUGACCGUGGCAACAACCGUAUCCAGGCCCUCAAUGCCCAGGAUGGCACCUUUAUGUGGGCGUACGAC